AUGCCUUCAACAACAACAACAACAAAAGGUUAUUCAAACUCGGAUUAUUUGCAACCAUCUUUAUCGAAUUCAUAUGAUCCAAGUCAAAGUCCAUUGGCUCUUUUAGCUCAAACAUGUUCAAAUAUUGGAAACGAUAGUCCAUCAUCGCCUUCAUCAUUAUCAAAUAUAGUUUCGCCUAUAAUAACAUCUCUUCCAACAAAAUCUUUAUUGAAUAUAUCUCAUUCUGAUAAAUCAUAUUCAUUAACUAAACGUUCAUCACCUUCACAAUUAAAUACUAUAAAUGCACAUAAAAAAUCAACACAUUCAUUAAAGACAAAUAGUCUAUCAACAUCUUCAUCAUUCGUCGAAACAAAACAAAUAUCAAAUCCUUUAACACCUCUUUUUGGUCCAGCGAAAUCAGCAGCUGCGUUACUUCUUCAUUCUUCUCUUGCUUAUUUAAUAUCUCCACAACCUGCAUAUUCUUCAACAUGUACAAUAUCUGGGUGUUUACAAUGUGAAACUGUGCGAUAUAUUCUUUCAAAUUCAAUAAAUAAUCAACCAUAUGCUUACGAUUCGACAUCAUGCAAUACAAGGUUUUAUUCAAAUGACGAACUAAUCGAACAUACUCCAUACAAUCACAAUAAUAGAUCAUCAAAAAUAUCUCAUCGUCGUUUUCAUCCAUAUUUUAACGCUUCAAGGAUGAUUAAUACCAAUGAUCAGUUACCAUUUUUUUAUCCUCACUUGUCUUUAUCGCAAAUGACAGAAACUAAACGAUGUAUGAAUAAUAAUACAAAUAACAAUAAUUAA